CCUUUGACCCAAGGCUGGCCCCCUUUAUUAGCACCCUGCAUAAUAUAAACUGCUGCACCCCCUGUUAAGUUUUUGGAUGCAUUUUUUUUUUAAUCGACGCAGAUUCUUUCUGCGGCAUCUAAGUCAGACAUAAAAUCACCAUCGCAACCACCCCCCCACCCCCCCAUAUGAGAUGGCUCGGAGCUGCGCCCGUCCUCUGUGAUGAUCGAUAGACGGAUGCAGGUAGCCUUCCUCCCCUACACACGCAGCAUCACCACGCAUCCCUUUACUCCGCUGUGCAGCUUUUUCCUCCCCAUCGGCGCACAUAUACGCACGCUGGGAGCUCCUGCCUAUUGAUCCCUGAACAUCUGGAGCAGCUCAAGGCAAGCCGCAAAAAGAGGAGAGAUCCAGCAGCAGCAGCAGCAGCAGGACGGACCACUUGACAUCUUUCUUCACGGCAUCGAUAUGCGGUAGCGCGAUAUCAGCUCUGCGGAGACGGAGAAGGCCAGUCCAUGGCAUCUUGAUAUUAAAACCGUGGGCUUUGCGCAUUCCUCACUGACAGCACAAUCUUUUUUCUUCCUCUUUUUUUUUUUUUUUUAAAUCCCACCUACUUCUUCUUUUUGAGUGGAAGAUAUAAGUUCAUCUAGAAAAAAAAAAAUCCCAAUCAUUUAGUUUGACCAGAUUCCGUUCUGUCGUGGGGGAUUCGUGGGGUAGGAUAUAUUCAUUGGCCCCGCGAUGGACUCCAGCGCGGGGGAAUAUGGCAUGGCUCGUUUUGGAUUGUUUGUGCUUUUGAUGGGGCUGUGGAGAUCCGGAGACUCCUAUUGCCCCGAAUCCUGCACAUGCACCAUCUCAAGGAUUGCUUGUAUUGAUCCUGAACCGGGGAUCGAGGAUUUCCCUGUCCUUACGUUAGAUGACAUGGAAAACAUCACCGAAAUAUACAUUGCCUAUCAAAACAGAUUAUUUGAAAUCAGUGACAGCAGUUUGCGGCACUACAUAAACCUCAGAAACCUAACGGUGACAAGGACAAGAUUGACAUCUAUAUCCUUAGAUGCAUUUUAUAACAACACAAAACUUCAAUAUGUAAAUCUCAGAGAUAACAAUCUCUCAAUGCUGUCAUGGAGAACGUUUCAGAACUUCAACGUUACAUCUCCGCUUCUUCUAUCUGGAAACCCUCUGGAUUGUGUUUGUGAGAACUUGUGGAUCAAACUACGACUCCAAGAAGACAUCGACAAUCUAGAGUUAACAUGCACUGAUGAAAGAGGAGAGACAAGGGACUUUGCCACACUCACUCCACCAGACUGUGUGGUUCCCAAAGUCGAGCUAAAACCCAAAAGUGUGACUGUGAAGAAGGGGGGUAAUGUUGAAGCUGUGUGCAGUGCCUCAGGCUCCCCUGUUCCAAUGAUCCUGUGGAACCUUGAUAUGAUCUUAUCCCCCUUCGAGAUUCACUCUAUGGAAACUGAGAGUAUCCUCAACUUGUCAGACCUGUCUCCUGAUGAUAAUGGCAGGGUGAUUGUAUGCAGCGCUGAGAACAUGGUCGGUCAGACUGAAGCCACGCUUCAGCUCAACAUUACUUUCCCCCCGACCAUCCAACAACUCUUGGGUCCUGAACGGGACCACCACUGGUGCAUCCCCUUCACUGUGACAGGAAACCCCAAACCUCAACUGCUCUGGUACCAUAGGAACGAGUUGCUCCAAGAGCAGGACUACAUCCGCACCAUGAUCCACGUGUCCACAGAGAACGAGGACCACGGCUGCCUGCAGCUGGUCAAUCCCACCCACAUCCAUAAUGGCGAAUACACACUAGUGGCAAAAAACGCACAUGGCCAGGAUGAAAAAACAGUAACUGCCCAGUUCAUUGAUCCACCAAACAUUAGUCCAACAGAUGAGUACUAUUACACUGAUACACCAGUCCCUCCUCUGGACGACAGCGUUGCCGUAUAUGUCGUUGUGGGAAUUGCUGGUGUUGCCUUGACUGGCUGUGUCCUCAUGGUGAUCAUUCUGAAAUAUGGACGAAACUCAAGCUUUGGUAUUAAAGGCUCCUCCUCGGUAAUCAGCAACGACGAUGACUCUGCCAGCCCUCUUCAUCACGUCUCCAAUGGCAACAACACCCCGUCGUCCUCGGAGAUGGGUCCAGACGCAGUGAUCAUUGGGAUGACAAAGAUUCCUGUCAUUGAGAAUCCGCAGUACUUCCGUAACUCCGGUAGCAUGCUGAAACCUGACACGUUUGUUCAGCACAUCAAAAGGCAUAACAUCGUGUUAAAACGGGAGCUGGGAGAAGGAGCUUUUGGGAAAGUCUUUCUUGCGGAGUGCUACAACCUGGUGCCGGACCAUGAGAAGAUCCAUGUGGCUGUCAAGACUCUGAAGGAGGCCACCGAGAGCGGCCGCGCAGAUUUCUACAGAGAGGCCGAGCUUCUCACCAACUUGCAGCACGAUCACAUUGUCACCUUCUAUGGAGUGUGCGUGGAGAGCGAUCCCCUCAUCAUGGUGUUUGAGUACAUGAAACAUGGAGACCUGAACAAGUUUCUCAGGUCCCACGGUCCUGAUGCGGUUCUCAUGGCAGACGGUCAGCACAGUAUCCUGGUGGAGCUCACCCAGUCUCAGAUGCUGCACAUUGCCCAACAGAUUGCUGCUGGCAUGGUCUACCUGGCCUCCCAGCAUUUUGUCCACAGAGACUUGGCAACAAGGAACUGCCUGGUAGGGGAAAACCUUCUGGUCAAGAUUGGAGACUUUGGCAUGUCGAGGGAUGUUUACAGCACAGACUACUACAGGGUGGGCGGUCAUACGAUGCUGCCCAUCCGCUGGAUGCCCCCAGAGAGCAUCAUGUAUCGGAGGUUCACGACAGAGAGCGAUGUGUGGAGUCUAGGUGUGGUGCUGUGGGAGAUCUUCACGUAUGGCAAGCAGCCCUGGUACCAGCUCUCCAACAAUGAGGUGAUUGAAUGCAUUACACAAGGCCGAGUCCUGCAGCGGCCCCGUACCUGUCCCAAGGAGGUAUACGACCUGAUGUUGGGCUGCUGGCAGCGGGAGCCCUACAUGAGGCUAAACAUCAAGGAAAUCCACAGCAUGCUGCAGAGCUUGGCAAAGGCCUCACCUGUCUACCUGGAUAUAUUGGGCUGAUGCAUCAGCAGCUGUGUAUGUACUUUGUGUGCUUGUGUGCUUCCUACCUAAAUGGGUGUUUGGGUGCUGGAGAAUAUGUUAGGAUGCAGUGAGGGUAGGAAGAGAAGGUGGUGUGACUAAAUCAAUGUACAGAACCUGGUUGUAAAUGUGACUGUAAAAUGCAAACUGUCCCUGUCCUCAUUCCAUGAAGAGCAGCCUUAAAUUUUGAGUUUCGAUUUAGUUUUGUUUUUUAUUCAUUUGCAGAUUUUCUGAGGCAUGUUUCAGAGAGUGAAAUGAAAAUAUACACAGGAUUAUGUCCUUUGACUCAAAUUAGAGAUCAGGAAUAAACAAAAAACAAGUAGAUAGGUCAACCUCCACCAUGUGAAUACAUUACCACACUGGGUUUCUUAUUUGCUGGGAGUAAAAAAUAAAAAUAAGGGAAAAAAAAACAGCAAAAAGCCGGAAACACUCAUUGACUGAGAAUAUAUGGAAAAUCUAUGUAGAUAGAGCUUUUUAAUUCUAGUUGAUUUAAAUCUGGUAUUUAAGUCAUGUAUAUGUAAAAAAACUUUUACACACAAGUGAAAAAAACGAUUAAUUCAAAAUUGUGAAAUAAAAGGGAAUCUAUUUUACAUUGUUAAUUUAAAAAAAAGCAUAUUUUGUGAAUAUCUGUUCAUAUUUUACUCUUGUUAAAAAUAUCAUGAUGUGUUAGUGGGAAACGGUUGUUAAGGCUUUGUUUUAAUCAGCAGAGCUAUUUGAAGCACAGAGGUGUGAGAAUGAGGGCAGUGGUUGUUUUUAGUUCUCCAUUUGUCUGUCGUUCACCUGCAGUGCCAUUGAGUAUAAAAGGAAAACUUGGUUUUGUGGCUCGUCUCUGACUGAUGUUUCAGAGCCGGAUUUCAAACAUUUUGGGCUCCUAAAAGACCGAUUGAUGUAUGGGCUGUGAGGGCUUUCUAAUGCUAUAUCAGGAUUUAUUUAUUUAUUUUAUUUAUUUAUUUGUCUGGCUUUAGUAUUUUUAAUAUUUACUUCUUUAUAUCCAGUGGCUUGAGAAAUAUGCUAUACCCCUGGGACUUUUUUCAUAUUUUAACUUAUUACUACCAACUUAAAGGUAUAAAAUUAGAAUUGUAUGUGAUCAACCAUUACAAGUGACGCAUAUAUAUUUUUAAACUUUUUAAAAAAUGGUUUUCCACUUUACACUAAUUGCAAACAUGCUUUUUAAAGUUUACAUCUAUGUGUCAACAAGUCAUUUCCACACUGAGACAUGGGGGUAACAGUAUCAUACUGCGGGGAGGGUUUUUACAUGGUUUUUACAUGUACAUGGAAAGAGUUUAUGGGAAGAUUGAUAGUAGUGAAUACAAGGUGACCCUGGAAGAAGAAAAAAAGACUAAAGAUAGAUAUUUUCUCCAAAGGACAGAGAGUUAGAGCCACUAUAGAAUAAUUUAGACUAAAGAAUUGUUACUAUUAAACAAAACUCAUAUUAUUGGAUGAACAAUAUUGAAUAUUGCCUUAUUUUCUAAGUCCAGCUUCCCUGUCCCAGUUAAAGUGAAGCAUCCCCACAACAUUAUGCUGCCACCACCAUGCUUUACUGGUGUGUUUCGCUUUAAGUGAUGUGCAGAGAAAUAUCCUGCUAUAAUUAGUGUUUUUUUCAUGCAGGUCAAACAUCAUACUCUCAUCUGAUUCGGGCAUCUUCUUCCACAUCUUUUAAUGAAUUGAACUUCAUUAAUCUUCCAUUGGAGAAAUUUACCUCUGAAUUUAACCCAUCCCCUUGUGGAGCAGUGGGCUGCCAUCGUGGGGCACCCGGGGAGCAGUGUGGAGUAAAGGGUCUUGCUUAGAGACCCAGAGUGGCAGUCUGUGGGAGUGGGGCUGGAACUCAGAACCUCAGGAUUCCAAGCUCUAUGCCCUAACCAAUAGGCCGUCGCUUUAUGAGUCUCCCCGUGUGGUUUAGGGCAAACUGCAAAUGAAGAUUUCUUUACUGCCACUCUUCCAUAAAAAAAUAAAUAAAAAAAACAGCUUUCUUCUGAUUGUUAUUCUGUUGUAAGAUUCGUCCAACUGAGCUGCUGAUCAAUGCUGCUCCUCUGUAGCUACCAUCGGUUUCAUGGCGGCCUUUUCAAUCAACAGUCUCCUCAGCCAUUGUGUCAGUUCCGGUGGGCAACCGCGUUUUGCACGUUUGGUAGGUUUGUUGAGCUAUUUGUUCCUCUGAGGCCUUUACAGCUGGAUUUUGAAAACCUGCGUAUCCCCGUCCUUCAAUUUCACAAUCAUUCCCCGCUUUGUUUUCGGUUUCCUACAUACCAAGCUUGCUCAAUUCACAGCUUUUGUCGUACAAUAAUAAAAUAUGAAAAAGCUCAAGGGGUGUGAAUACUUCUACAAGGCAUUGUAAAAAUAGAAUGCUGCUAUAUUGCAGUAGAGUAAAUUAGCAUCUGAUUGCCUUUAAUGUAAUGCUCGGGUGCUUUCAUCUCGACCUCAUCAAAAUAACUAUUGUGGGUUUUUUAUUUAAUAUGUAAAGGAGUCACCCAAUGAGUUUUGUUUGUCAGGUGCAAUUUGUAGCAUUUUUGUAAGCUGAAGCAAGUUUAAACACGGGGAAAACAAGCAUUUUUUGUGUGUGUGUGAGUGCCACUAUGUUUUUUAUACACUGUUCUGUAUAAUAGUCCUGUGUGGGCUGUAUAUAAAUUGCUGUCCAUCCUGUACAGUUCUGAUAACUGUCUAUAUUAUUAGUAGGCUAAGUUUAAUUGUAUAAUCUGUUCCAAGCAGGUACAUCAAAACUGUGUGACACCUAUUGAAAACAAUGUGUUAUGAGCCACUGGCAAUACAUACUAAAUGUAAAUAGGAUUUUAUUUGUGCGGCGUUGUAUGAUUUCUUCGUGUACGUUCAUGAUACCUGAGAGAAAACGACCCUCCUCCUUUGGCAACUUUGAAUCUGAAGAGGAUGUCGUUUGAACAAUCUGUUUUAUUUUUCUCUCUGAAGAAGAAGAAGAAAAAAAAAUAAAGAUUUCCUCUUUUCCUCUCCACUGUGAUGGAGAGCCCGUACAGAAGUGAUCUCAGAUGCUCCCUGUCUGUAGGAGGAACAUAGACUCUACAUAACCGGAUUUCUCCUCGCCAGCAGGCGCCCUAGUUGAUGUGUGGCAGAUGGAGGCGGCGAUCUAAAGAUCUCCUCCUGUCCGUCUCCGCAACCCUGACCACCUCUGACAGACUGUAGCCUAUUUUGAUCCUCUUUCAGAUGAAUAACUGUGACUUUGCAUCAUGAAUAGUAUAUUAUUUUGAAUGUAAUCUAGAUGGGUGGGGAUCUUUUUUGAAUGUAUUCUAUCUUGGGGAGGGUCAAUGAUUUUUUUUGUAAAUAUACUGUAAAAGAAGAAAAAAAAAAGACAAGAGUUUUCAUUCCUGUGAAGAUAACAAAUUUUACUUAUAAAAUACAAUGAGUGUGUGUUUCUGUUUGUGGAUGCGAUUGUGUGUGUGUAUUUGCGCAUAGCACCGAAUGGAAGUGUGGGUGUGUGUGUGUGUGGAGUUCUUCUGGCGGAUUUGACCCUGCUUUAAUCAGCCAGUUCUAUCAAUCAAUUCAAUGCUUUGUGCAUCAUGUGAGUAGCUUAUCCACAAUUACUGGAAAUGUUUCUUGUGAUACUGUGCAUUUAAUAAAGGUGGUAUGUCUUACAAUAA